CGCUUUGUGCCCACCCCACCUCCAAAUCGUCUUAAUUACAAGUCAGAGGGCAGGCUUAGUGAACAAGACUGGCAAGCACAUUUCAAGGUCCCAUGUUGUGGGGUUGAUGCAUCUCAACUUGAGUCAGAAGAGGCAGAAGUGGAUGUGAGAGAAAGAGAGACACAGAGAGACAGAGAGCCAAAGAGGGCAAGAGACUUGACUUUAAGAGACUCCUGUACUGACAACUCCAUGCAGUUCGGAACCAGAACGACUCCGGCUGAACCAGGGUUCAUGGGGACAUGGCAAAACGCUGAUACUAACCUCUUAUUCAGAAUGUCCCAACAGGUUCCACUGGCAUGUGCUGGCAGAGUGCUGGGUGCAGACUUCUGCCCAGACCUGGAGGAGCCAGACCAGAGGCUGGAAGUCCAGGCCAUCCGUUGCACGCUGGUAAACUGCACAUGUGAAUGUUUUCAGCCGGGGAAGAUUAACCUGAGGACUUGCGAUCAGUGUAAACAUGGCUGGGUGGCACAUGCCUUGGAUAAGCUCAGCACGCAGCACCUGUACCACCCCACCCAAGUGGAGAUUGUGCAGUCCAACGUGGUGUUUGACAUCAGCAGCCUGAUGCUCUACGGGACGCAGGCAGUGCCUGUGCGGCUAAAGAUUCUGCUGGACCGGCUCUUCAGUGUCCUGAAGCAAGAGGAAGUGCUGCACAUACUGCACGGCCUGGGCUGGACUCUGAGGGACUACGUCCGGGGAUACAUCCUUCAGGAUGCUGCCGGCAAGGUGCUGGACCGCUGGGCCAUCAUGUCUCGAGAAGAGGAAAUCAUCACCCUUCAGCAGUUUCUGCGGUUUGGAGAAACCAAAUCCAUUGUGGAGCUGAUGGCAAUUCAGGAGAAAGAAGGGCAGGCCGUGGCUGUACCAUCUUCAAAGACAGACUCAGAUAUAAGGACUUUCAUUGAGAGCAAUAAUCGUACCAGGAGUCCCAGCCUCCUUGCUCACUUAGAGAACAGCAAUCCUUCCAGCAUUCAUCACUUCGAAAACAUCCCCAACAGCCUUGCAUUUCUGCUUCCAUUCCAGUACAUAAACCCUGUCUCAGCCCCUCUGCUAGGGUUGCCUCCAAACGGGCUACUUCUAGAGCAACCAGGACUGAGGCUGCGGGAACCAAGCCUUUCAACUCAGAAUGAAUAUAAUGAGAGCAGCGAGUCUGAAGUGUCUCCCACACCUUAUAAGAAUGAUCAGACACCAAAUAGAAAUGCCCUGACCAGCAUUACCAAUGUGGAGCCCAAAACCGAGCCAGCCUGUGUCUCCCCCAUUCAGAAUUCUGCCCCAGUCAGUGAUCUCACCAAAACUGAACACCCAAAAAGCUCAUUCCGGAUUCACCGGAUGAGAAGGAUGGGGUCGGCCUCCAGGAAGGGAAGAGUGUUCUGUAACGCAUGUGGGAAGACUUUCUAUGACAAAGGUACUCUCAAAAUUCAUUAUAAUGCUGUUCAUCUGAAGAUCAAACAUCGAUGCACCAUCGAAGGCUGCAACAUGGUCUUUAGCUCCCUCCGAAGCCGAAAUCGGCACAGUGCAAACCCCAACCCUCGCCUUCACAUGCCUAUGUUAAGAAAUAACCGAGACAAAGAUUUAAUUCGGGCCACAUCAGGAGCUGCCACCCCCGUCAUAGCGAGUACGAAAUCAAAUCUCACACUCACGAGUCCUGGCCGGCCCCCAAUGGGUUUUACCACUCCCCCACUAGACCCCGUCUUACAGAAUCCUCUCCCUAGCCAGCUGGUAUUUUCUGGGCUAAAGACUGUACAGCCUGUUCCUCCAUUUUAUAGAAGUUUACUCACUCCAGGGGAAAUGGUGAGUCCUCCAACCUCCCUCCCAACCAGUCCCAUCAUUCCAACCAGUGGUACCAUAGAGCAGCACCCCCCACCACCUUCUGAGCCAGUAGUGCCAGCAGUGAUGAUGGCCACCAUUGAGCCUAGUGCCGACCUGGCACCCAAGAAAAAGCCCAGGAAGUCAAGCAUGCCUGUAAAGAUUGAGAAGGAAAUAAUCGAUACCGCUGAUGAGUUUGAUGACGAAGAUGAUGACCCCAACGAUGGCGGAGCUGUGGUCAAUGACAUGAGCCAUGACAAUCAUUGCCACUCCCAAGAGGAGAUGAGCCCAGGCAUGUCUGUGAAGGACUUUUCUAAGCAUAACAGGACCAGGUGCAUUUCAAGGACUGAAAUAAGAAGGGCUGACAGCAUGACUUCUGAGGACCAGGAGCCCGAGCGGGACUAUGAGAACGAGUCUGAGUCUUCAGAGCCCAAACUGGGUGAGGAAUCCAUGGAAGGGGAAGAGCACAUUCACAGUGAGGUGAGUGAAAAAGUCCUGAUGAGCAGUGAGAGGCCUGAUGAGAACCACAGUGAACCCUCUCACCAGGACGUCAUCAAGGUGAAGGAAGAAUUCACAGAUCCCACUUAUGACAUGUUUUACAUGAGCCAGUAUGGACUGUACAACGGUGGGGGGGCUAGCAUGGCUGCCCUACAUGAAAGUUUUGCAUCGUCCCUGAAUUAUGCCAGUCCUCAAAAGUUCUCCCCAGAAGGUGACCUGUGUUCUAGCCCAGACCCCAAAAUCUGUUAUGUGUGCAAGAAGAGUUUCAAAAGCUCCUACAGCGUGAAGCUUCACUACAGAAACGUUCACUUAAAAGAGAUGCACGUCUGCACAGUGGCUGGCUGCAAUGCUGCCUUCCCCUCGCGCCGAAGCAGAGACAGACACAGUGCCAACAUAAAUCUGCAUCGUAAACUGUUGACCAAAGAACUCGAUGACAUGGGCCUGGACUCGUCGCAGCCUUCCCUUAGCAAGGACCUCCGGGAUGAAUUUUUAGUGAAGAUCUAUGGUGCCCAGCACCCCUUGGGGCUCGAUGUCAGGGAAGAUGCCUCCUCUCCCGCUGGGACUGAAGACUCCCACCUGAACGGGUAUGGGAGAGGCAUGGCCGAGGACUACAUGGUCCUUGAUCUGAGCACCACCUCUAGCCUCCAGUCCAGCAGCAGCAUCCAUUCCUCCAGAGAAUCCGAUGCAGGCAGCGAUGAGGGGAUUCUUCUCGACGACAUUGAUGGGGCGAGUGACAGUGGGGAGUCUGCACACAAGGCUGAGGCCCCCACCCUCCCUGGGAGUCUAGGGGCUGAAGUUUCAGGAUCUCUUAUGUUCAGCAGCUUGUCUGGGAGCAAUGGUGGGAUCAUGUGCAACAUUUGCCACAAAAUGUACAGCAACAAGGGGACACUGAGGGUGCACUACAAAACUGUGCAUUUGCGAGAGAUGCACAAGUGCAAAGUCCCUGGUUGCAAUAUGAUGUUUUCCUCUGUGCGAAGCCGAAACCGGCACAGUCAGAACCCUAAUCUCCACAAAAACAUUCCCUUCACUUCAAUAGAUUAGUCCCAGAACGGACACUACAAAUGCCAGCUCUCACCAGAUGGCCUACAUCUUUGAACUGCCAUAGUCAGUGUGCGCUUACCUACGUGGCGGGGGUGUAUAUGUGUGUGCACAUGUGUAUGCCUCUGUGUCUACAUACACACACAUAUGCACAUUUUCUUUUCUUUAGAUAAAAAGAUAAACACUAGGUGCUUUUGAAUUUUUUUCUUUUUCCUUUAUAGUUUUUGGAAAGGGAUGGGAUCUUUAAUUCGGGGGUGAAAACAGAGUGCCCCUUUAAACACACACACACACACACACACACACACACACACACACACACACAGCGUGCAACUAGCCCCAAUUUUGAUAGAAUAAUUUUUGGUCUUCUCCAAAGAGACAAUUUGUUGUACCCAUGACUGUUGCCUGCAAAAAAAAUAAAAGGGAAAAAAGAAAAAAGAAACAAAAAGGAACUUCUUAUAGUUGUCUUUUGUGAACUUUAAGGUUUUGAGAGAAUCUUCAAUUAAAGCAUGGCAGAUUCACCUGUAAAUAUUUAGCCUUGAGAGGCCAAUGAUGUAAAACAAUUGUAUUGAUGGUCGUUUAACUCUUUUGUUUAAUUUUUACAGUUACAUCCAGCUGUUAGAUAUGCAGGAGAAAAAUAGUUUGCUGGCUAGCUCUAUUCAUUUAUGUUAGCAUUAAUGCACAUUUUUUUAAAAAAAACAUGGUCUUGUUUUUACUACCUGUUAGAUAUAGUGAUAAAGAGGUGCUGGCAUGCUUUACAGCACAGAUCUGAUUUUUUAAAAUGUCCUGUACUAGUACGUAAAUCCAGUCAUGCACUUUUUAUCAUACACUACAAGGGGAUGUGUAAUAUCCAGGCUUCUUUUUUUUUUUAAACUUUAAACUAUUGCCAUACUUCAGUAAGUGUCUUUUUUAAAAAAUCCACUUGUAUAAAAAUGGUCUGGUCAGUAUAGGGCACAAAUGCCAAACAAAAGUAUUAGUGUUAACACAAAACUGCCAACUUUGCACAAGUUUCCAGAAAAGAAAAUACAAUUAGUCACUCAACAUAACCACAGGCCAAUUUGUUGGCCACCAGAAAACUGCUUUGAAAAAAAACACUUGGUGAUUCUUUCAAGUGCUGAAUGUUAUUAGAAUCAACAUUGCAUCCUUCUUGCUUAUAUGUUAAAUUACAUAAAAGGAAAACAAAAUUAUGUGGUGUGAAUCAGCCAAGGCAUUUUUUCUUUAGAGGCAGGAUAAUAUUUCAGGAUACAAAAGCCCAAAUUACUCACUAUGGAACAAAGCUGAAUGCAGUAAUAGAGUUGAACACUCCUUUCCAAGGCCCUAACCCUUAUCCUUUUUAAAGAAAGUCAGUCUAAACUGGAUUGGUCUGUUGUAUGGCCGUCUCAUUUGUGGCAAAUUCUGCAGUAGUGCUACGAUUCAGGCCUGUUUGAUAGACAAAAUCAAAGGCUGUUUAACAGCARCAGUACUUGGAAGCUCUGAGAACACAUGCUAAACUUGAAUUGAGCAACACUCCUUCCCAAAGGCAGAGGAAGGGGGGUUGAGAUAGGAUCUCACUGUGUAGUGUUUUGUUUCCCCACACAAAUUUGUCAGAGAAAAUGAAAGCAAGCCUGAAACCAAGCAAUAGAGAGUGGGGGUGGGGGGGAGGGGGUCUGCUCCAAACUUUUGUUUUGUUUUGUUUUGUUUUGUUCUGUUUCCGAUGUUUACACAUGUUGCCUGAGCUGGUUAACCACAACGGCAGCCUGAGCUACCACAACAUACUGACUAAAUGAUGAUAUUUACUCAAGUUCAGUCCGCAGCCAAAACUAUUAAGAGUGUGGACUGCAGACUGUUGUCUUUUUUUUUUUUCUUUCUUUCUUUCUUUUAAAUGGGGAGGGGGUGACAUUAAACAAGGAAUAGUUUGUCAAACAAUACACAAUAUAAAGAGAAUGUAUUUCUUAUUUUGCAUUUAAUGGCCUCAAACAUUUCUCCCAUCUGUCUAAAAGUUAGAAAUACCCUUCGUUUCAAUGUUUCAUGUCAUUUCCAUUUUUCCUAUGUUCUGUAAUUAUUUUUUUCUGUGUUCACAUCAGCAUUCACUUCCGUUAAAUUUGCCAAAGGAAACUGUUAAUAAGUUUCUGUUAUUAUUAUUCCUGUAGGAUUUAUUGUACCUCACAGUAUUUAUUGUUUCCAAAAAUAAGCACCAUUUGUUGGGGAUUCAGUAUUUUUAUUUGUGAAAAUUUCAGAAACAAUAGAUUCUUAAAGAUAAGCUAGAUAUAUCUAGGAGCUUUAUCUUUUUGCCUCCUUCUGAGGAUGCUAGGGAGGAUGCUAUGGGGUUCGUUUGAUUCUUCAUUUGUUCUACAGUGAGGAAAGACCAAAAGUAUUUGCAGUACAAAAGAAACUAUAUCAAACACUAUGUCUGUUAAAUGACAAAUGUUUACGGUAAAAAGCUGAGGAAUUAGUAAUAACCGUUUUUGUUUUCUUGUACCUUUGAAUUCCCCAAAGUCUUAAUUGCUUUAUUUUGGUGUUGUGUUAAAUUGAAUAGACAGAGAUGUUUUCCUUUGUUUUAUACCUUAUAAGACUCUGUACAGUAUGUUUGUUAAAGAUUGAACCAGAAUAAUGAACGUUUGUUUGCAAA